UUAAAGCCAAGAAAAAUGAAAAGUAUUUUUGUAUUUCUCUGCGUUGUCGCAGCUUCAACUGCGUUCAUUGCUGAUGUACCUGGUAGACGCUGGGGUCAAUGUGAAGAUGGCGAAGAGCGAACACCAAACAUCCUGUCAGGUCUUUCAACUCUUUUGAGAAAUAUAGCAAAGACACUUCGACAGAACCGAGGAUGUAACGCCGGAACAGGAGCUGAUGGUACAGCAGGAGCUGAUGGUGCAGCAGGAGCUGAUGGUGCAUCAGCAGAAGCUGAUGGUGCGUCAGCAGAAGCUGAUGGUGCAUCAGCAGAAGCUGAUGGUGCAUCAGCAGAAGCUGAUGGUGCAUCAGCAGAAGCUGAUGGUGCAUCAGCAGAAGCUGAUGGUGCAUCAGCAGAAGCUGAUGGUGCAUCAGCAGAAGCUGAUGGUGCAUCAGCAGAAGCUGAUGGUGCAUCAGCAGAAGCUGAUGGUGCAUCAGCAGAAGCUGAUGGUGCAGCAGAAGCUAAUGGUGCAGCAGAAGCUGAUGGUGCAGCAGAAGCUGAUGGUGCAGCAGGAGCUGAUGGUGCAGCAGGAGCUGAUGGUGCAGCAGGAGCUGAUGGUGCAGCAGGAGCUGAUGAUGCAGCAGGAGCUAAUGGUGCAGCAGGAGCUGAUGGUGCAGCAGGAGCUAAUGGUGCAGCAGGAGCUAAUGGUGCAGCAGGUGGUGAUGCUCCAGUCGAAGCACCAGCAGCCGAAGUACCAGCAGCUGAAACACCAGCAGUCGAAGCACCACAAGCAAAAUAAAAAGUUUCUGUUAAUAAAUUUCGUUGAA